AUGGAGGCAGAUCGAGAUUAUAGUAGCCUUUCUUCCUAUCUUCCAAAUCUACUGCCCCAUGCCAACCCCGACAGGACGGCCACUGAUGGCUACAGCAUCGUCCAUUCACCGCCAUUCACCUUCCUGGUCGGUCCAAAUCACACCAAACUCACCAUCCAGGCUGGUCUCGCCCGUCAUGUCUCCCAGCCGCUUGACCAUCUUAUGAACAGCGGUGAAACCCGGGAGUCGAAACAUCACAUUGCCGUGCUUGAGGACGAGGAUGUCGAGACCUUUGUCGCCUUCUGCGAGUAUGCCUACACCGGGGAUUACCGCGUGCCUCCCCCAGGGUCGCGCGAGGAGGAUCGCGACGAUCAGCGCGUGAGUAAUCCUUUUCGCGGAGUGUUCUCCAAAGAUUCCCCGAUCAGUCCAGUGCGGACUAUUCCUCCGCGUGCCCCGACUCCCCCUAGAACGUCUUCAAGGGAGACCCAUGACCGUCCCGGCGAAGGCGUUUAUGCGGGUUCUGGCAAAGACGACGACGACUGGGAAUGUGCAAUCGCGCCUGAUGAAGAGCUUGCACACCCUGGACAGGAAUUGAGAUCAGAGUCUAGAAAGCCCAGUGAUCAACCGCCGAUGACCCCUGCCGUGGAUAAGAAGGAAGAGGAAGACGCUUGGGAUGCGGCGGACGACGAGGCAGCCAAAGGCAAGAAAGGCAAGAAAAAUAAGAAGAACAAUAAGAAGAAAAGGGGCGGUGCCUCUGAGGAGGCGACCCCUAAGCUGACACCUCCUUCCACGCCACCUCCUGAGAACUUGAACCCCGAGGAGGAGGGGAACCCAGCUGCGGAAGCCAACACGGUGACGGAACAAUGGGAACAAGACCAUGCCCCGGUAGAGGAAUCCGGUCCUGCGGAGUCGGCUCCGUACACGGAGACUUGGGAGCAGACGGCUGCCACUCCUUCAGCAGAAGCUGAACCCAGCGAUGCAGACAAGCUUGGUGCGAAGGACAGACUACAAGCACCCAAGGAGGAGAAGCAGCCGGGUUUCGAUCACAGUGGUAGGAGACUGACUGGGCCGAUGAUUGACACCUCCUUUGCCAAGCAGCAGUACUCCCGUCUGCAUGAAAAGGGAAGCAACUUAUGGGAUGAGUUCGCCGCCAUCGACUAUAUUGACCCCCGCUCCUGUCUCAGCACCAGGCCUCCUAGCGCCAUGUCCUCUCGCUCGCCACAUGAGCUGCCGUACUUGGUCUUCCAUGCCAAGCUCUACGUCUUUGCGACACGGUACCUGAUCCCGGCACUGGCUCAGCUCUGUCUCCGUAAGUUGCACCGGGACCUGCUGUAUCUCGGCUUCCCUGAGAGGGACCAGGUGGAUGAUGAUGACGAUCAUCAUGCUCUGGCCAGCAUCAAGGCUCGUAAAGUCCUUGACCUGCUACACUAUACGUACACCAAGACCACCCGUCUGGAGCCGAUCACUCCGACCUCUGCCACCCAACUGCGGGACAACGAGUUGCGGAAGCUGGUUGUGCAUUUCGCAGCGUGCAAGGUGCGGGACUUGGCCUCGUACUGUCCGCCAGUCGAAAGUGAUCUGGGCUCUCCCUCGAUCAGAUCCCAGAAGCCUUCCGCUCAGGGCUUGCGGGCAUUGCUCGAUAGUACGACGGAGCUUGCCUCUGAUCUCGUAUACCGGAUGAUGAUGUGA